CACGCCUUCCUGUGGAUCAGUUCACUGGCCUGUGUGGAUUUGCUCUCUGGAGAAACAAACAAAAAAACCUGACAGAAAGAGACUCUUUUGGAAGUGGGAAGAGAAAGAGGGAGGGAGAUGCACAGGUGGAGCACAGAUUGGAAAGAGGCACUUGUUUCAGGAUAAACAGGGAAGUCUGAGGCGGAGCUGGCAGCUGCCUCACAGCUAUUCAGGGACAGGUUGAACUGGUUUCUCCCUCCACAAUACCUGCCUCUCCUCCGCUCUCGAUCCUUUACACCAGCCGAAAGAGAGGAAGGAGCGAGCCAGAUAAAGGGGCUGUGGAAGGACAGUAACAGGGUUUCUGUACAUUUCAGCAUUUGAACCAGAAAGAAAUUUCAAGAUGCCUGAGGAGGAAGAGUUUUAUGGAAAACAUGGCGAGCCAAGGAAGUAUGACCCGACCUUCAAGGGCCCGAUCCAGAACAGGGGCUGCACAGACAUUGUGUGCUGCAUCCUCUUCAUCCUUGCCAUACUGGCUUAUAUUGCUGUGGGAAUACUUGCCUGGUCCCAGGGUGACCCCAGGAAGGUGAUCUAUCCCACAGACAGUCGAGGCCAGUUCUGCGGGCAGGCUGGCACCCCACUCGAGAAAAAGCCGCUGUUGUUCUACUUCAACAUCAUGAAGUGUGCCAGCCCCAUGGUGCUGCUGGAGUUCCAGUGUCCAACCACACAGAUGUGUGUGGAGAAGUGCCCCGAAAAAUUCAUGACACUGGUCAAAGCCUACAGCAACAAAAAUGACUUUGACUACUACAAGAACUUCUGCAAGGAUGGUGUGACUAAUACAAUGGGAAUAGCGGAAAUCCUGAGGUCAGGUCUCUGUCCUUCCAUGCUUUUCCCCAGCAAGCCCUUCACCCGCAGGUGCUUCCCGGCUUUGGGCCAGAAAGGAGGGGUGAUAACUGUGGGAAACAGCUCUCACUUUGAAGAUGGAUCCGGAAAAAUGAGAGAUGCCAAAGAUCUUGUGGAUGGAGUCAAGAAUGCCACUGUGGUUAUUGAAGCUCGCCAGGCGGUUAUGAAAAUCUUUGAGGAUUACACGCAGUCCUGGUACUGGAUCCUGUUAGGGUUGGUUAUCGCUAUGCUCACCAGCCUGCUCUUCAUCGUCCUCCUGCGUUUCCUGGCAGGGAUCAUGGUCUGGGUGAUGAUUGCCAUGGUGAUAGUGGUCAUAGGAUAUGGUAUCUUCCACUGCUACAUGGAGUAUGCUGCCCUGAAGGGAGAGGCAGGCGCUAAUGUGACUCUACAGCAACUUGGCUUCCAGACGGACCUCUCAGUCUACCUGCAGAUUAGACAGACCUGGCUGGCCUUCAUGAUUAUCCUGGCCAUCGUGGAGGUCAUCAUCAUCCUACUGCUCAUCUUCCUCAGAAAGAGGAUCCUCAUUGCCGUCGCUCUCAUCAAAGAAGCCAGCAGAGCUGUCGGGCACGUGAUGUGUUCCCUUUUCUACCCACUGUUCACGUUUCUCCUCCUGGCUAUGGUCAUCGCCUACUGGGCAGUCACUGCUGUUUUCUUGUCUACCUCGAAUGAGCCCAUCUACAAAAUCUUCAAUGAGACGGAAUGCGAACACUCAAGAGAAACUUGUGAACCAGCGAACUUCACAACUAGUCCCAUGAAGGCACGGUGCCCAGACUCAGAGUGCCUUUUUGCCUUCUACGGCGGAGAGACCGUUUACCACAAAUACCUGAUCGGCCUGCAGUUCUACAACGUGUUCCUCUUCUUCUGGUGUGCCAACUUUGUCACGGCUCUUGGACAGAUGACCUUGGCCGGGGCCUUUGCCUCGUACUACUGGGCGUUCGUCAAGCCAGAUGACAUGCCCGCCUUCCCAGUGUUUUCUGCCCUAGGGAGAUCUCUCAGGUAUCAUACAGGAACUCUUGCGUUCGGCUCCCUUAUCCUCUCCAUCGUUCAAAUCAUCAGGGUUCUGCUGGAAUAUCUAGACCACAAGCUGAAAGGGGCCCAAAAUAAGUUUGCUAAGUUCCUGUUGUGCUGUCUGAAGUGUUGCUUCUGGUGUCUGGAGAAAUUCAUCAAGUUCCUAAACAGAAAUGCCUACAUCAUGGUGGCAAUUUAUGGCAAAAACUUCUGCACCUCUGCCAGAGAUGCCUUCUUCCUCCUCAUGAGGAACAUGAUCAGGGUGGCUGUCUUGGACAAAGUGACAGAUUUCCUCUUGUUUUUGGGAAAACUGCUCAUUGUUGGGCUUGUGGGAAUCUUUGCCUUCUUCUUCUUCUCUGGGAGAGUGAAGGCCUUUGAGAAUACGGCUCCCCAUCUCCACUACUACUGGGUACCCAUCCUGACUGUGGUGGUUGGCUCCUACCUCAUCGCCCAUGGAUUCUUCAGUGUUUACUCCAUGUGUGUGGACACUCUGUUCCUCUGUUUCUGUGAAGACCUGGAGCGCAAUGAUGGUUCAGCCGCAAGGCCUUAUUACAUGUCCUCAACUCUUCACGAGAUUCUGUGGAAGAACAAGGCUGAGGAUCCGUCUUCAUCUUCUGCUCAGCAACAGGACGAUGAAGACGUCCAGUUGAAGCAGCAGCAACAGCAGCAGACUCAGGAGGAUGCAGCUCAGAGAGGAGGAGUUUUGUGAACAAAGACACACAGAUUUGUCACUGAAUUACAGGCACAACAAAAUCCAUGCGACACUCUUUUUUUUAACCAUUAAGGUUCUUAAAUUAAAAUAGUACGGAGCUGGAACUUUGUUGUUGCCCGUUUGGGAUAUUCUCCUUUUGCACUAAACCAUUUCACAUCAUCUCACAGAGGCAGUGGCAGCGAGUCAGUGUGUUGCUUAAGGACACAUUAGGAAACUCCUUUUUAUUCACAACUGACUGGUGCAUAAUAUUAACUGCCUUUCAACACAAGGAAAUGUGAAAUUGGAUGUAAAGCAUUUGUUUUCUUAAUCAAACAUCAAGCAUGUCUCAAGGAGUGAGCGCUGCCUAAUAUACACAGGAAUACUGUAUGUGGGUCAUUUUUUGCAUGAUUAAUGAGGAGUCCAUGAGGUUUAGUUAGUUUAGAAAGUUUCUCUUGUUGACAGCCAGGUCUGUCCUCACAUUUGGCGAAGUCGUGCUUUUUUGCCUUUUUAUCCUCCUCCCUCCCACUGCCACUGGCCAACAGAAACUUGAAACCAUUCAUGUGCCUAAUUUACAGUGUUAAUGUUGGAUUUUUUGUAAGGUUUGACUUAAAAUUUUAAGAGUACCUAAUUGUUUACAGUCGAUACAAUCAGAACCACAUGAUGAUCAGUGCUACUUCUUUAGUGUGCUGUACUAUGAAUGCACUUUAAUUUGUGUUCACACUAAGCCAUAAUAGAUUUGUAUCUAUAUUAAUGAAUACUGGUGAUUUUCUUGAAGCUUAAUUUGAAAUUUUUACUGUACAGCAGUUUAGUUUUACAUUCAGUACCUCUUUACAAAAGAAUGUGUAAUUAGUAGUGUAGCUGGUUUAAUAAACAGUAUUUGAUAACAGUGAGUCUCCACUACAUAAAAUGAAGGAAUUUAAAGGUG